CUCAGCGCUGUAGCUUCGGAGCAGAUAUUAUUGCCAAAAAUUGUUGCUAGCAGAAUGAAACUACGAGUGCCUCAGGGUGAGCUUUAGAUCUCAAUCUGCAUUGUACCGCAGUAACUCUGUCAUCACCCGUACGGUCUUCAGUAGGGAACAAUCAGAUGUUCUGUUCUCUUUCGAUCGCGCCUGGCAGCGGGGUUCGCUCUGUAGACUGUAUUUUAGUGAAGGUUAGAGAACACAGUACGUACGAGGCGGUACUACCUUCGACUGCAGGCAGCCUGUGGAAUAAUUGCGAUAUUAUUCGAUGACAGUUCGCGCAGAGUCCCGAAAACACACCAGGGUGGUGGCAACAAAAUGCAAAAGAAGAUAAUUGUGCAAUUGUUAAAAAAUGCACACCUUUGAAAUUUGAAAUAUAAGAAGAAACGGAAUACGCGGAAAAAGCUUGGCAGGUUAAGACAGCAUAUGUGGAAAGGGGACCAGGUACUAGAAAUGAUUGCUUAAGACAUCGGUGUGAGUUGGAAGACUAGGGUGGUGAUGGAGCACCCAGAUGUGCAAUGGACCUGGCUGCAUGUUAUCUUCUGUUCCAGCAUCAUUCAAACCACGGCCGUAUCUCUACAUGCAAAAAGUGACUUAUCAUCUGGUAGCAAUACAAUUUACAUUUAUUCCACCAAAGCUGUUCAUUAUGGGAACUCAAAUCCUCCAGGCAAUUCUCCUCAAUCCUUGCCAGAAAUUUCCAGCAAAGUCUCCACUAAUGAUGAACCUGACCCGCCUAUCCACUCGGGAAUGUCCCCUUUGUACCUGAAGGCAUCAUCGAGGGGAAAUUUGUCUGAGUUUAGUGGUGAUGAUGAAGAUCUGGUGUUUGAUGAUGAGGAUCUGGUUUUCAAUAGUGAGGGUGAAGAAGUUAAACAGGACAGUUCUAAGUCUCAAGCAUUUAUUUUCGGAAAUGGAUCUGUUCCAUCAAUCAUAUCUGCUGAUACGAAUUCCUCUUCUGAUCAUUCUUUGUUGAAGCCAUUUAAUAGUACCUCAGUUUAUAAAUCAACCCAGUCUGUUCAAAAUCACAAACAUUCUCAAGGUAGUGGAACAGUGCAUGAUGUCUCUUUUCCCCAACAUUCCACAGCAACAUUUCCAAAUGAUGAUUUAUUCUUUGAGGUCAAUUCUCACCAUAUGACACUUCCACACUCUGAAACCAUGCAAACAACACCAAGACCUCUUGUAACUCUGGGAAAUAUGAAUCCAACAUUGGCUUCAGAUCAUUUGGUGACAGAGAAACCGUACUUUAUCACUACUUCCUAUGUGUCACCAGGAGAGGAAAACCCUGUUCCGGAAGUCGAAAGGAAUCGUGAUCAAAUGCUCACUCCAUCGGUUACUGAGUCUUCCGCAAAAUGGCCUGAGGGUUUUGUUUCAAAGAAACUGAGUGAGGAUCGCGUGAGUCCAGCACCCAUGCGUUCUGCUUCUCCUUUAAUCACAGGGUCUAGUUAUGCUGCAAUGAUGAGUGAAAAAUUAUUAAUAGUCAGCCGACCUGCUGCUGGUGUUUCUGAGCAACGUAAUCAGACAGAUGCAUUCAAUCGAGCUAACACAGUAGAUGCCAAUGCCCAACGCACUUCCAGUAGUGCAGAACACCUUCUGAAGUUGAGAACGACGCCUGCUUCUGAGAGGCAGGCGAGGUGGCAAACGAUUGAUCAAGCAUAUCCACGAGUGAAGGUCCUCAGUGCUGCAGACAGGAUGUCUACAUCGCAAUGGGUUAGAAUGCCAGCGUAUGAUGCCGAUAAGUUCUUACCUUCCCAGCAAACCACCCAGACGUACUUCACCUCAGAACAAGGAUAUGAUAUCUACACCAAUCCAGUAGACAGCUCAGCAACGGUUAUCGAGAUGCUGGAAGAUCCCCAGUUCCUUGAUGGUCAACCAACUAAUACUAAACAGGGUUCUGUAGUGGGAGGCUCUUUUCCUAAUGAAUUGGCCACCAUUUCUCCAACGGCAAGGCUGCAGCAUCUGACCUUAAAAGGAAAUAGAAAUGCGCUGUCAUCAAUUGAGCCAACCAGAGUGGUCACCACAACAUACUUCUCACCGUUAACGGCAUGGAGACAUGGCCCAUCAAGAGAACCCAACACUGCUAUUGAAUCAGCCAAAACAGAAUCCAUACCAACUGGCCACUACAUGGCAAUGCUAAAGACGGGGCCUACUGUGCUAGCACAACAGCUGACAGCAAAGAUCUCAAACAAAACAAAUGUUUCUGUGACCCUGCCACCUCUAACACAGGGAGGGCUUGGGACCAAAUCAACAAGCACCACUCUGAGUUUGCCACGGGCAACAACCAAAGUCCCUUUGUCCAGUUCCCGCCCUACAAAGAUGUUGACAGCAGAGGCAACAACGAAAGGAGGUCCUGUUAAAGUGGGUGUUACACCUCCUUCUAAAGGUACUGUGACAGGAGGAACAUUGCCAUCAGCUAGCAGAGCACCUGGAACCCAUUACAAUGUCAUGACAACAGUGACGCGCAGCCAAUCAGGGAACAACACUCAGACACCGACAAUGAAAAUAGCUUCCAAUACUUCAACUGGUGUCAACACAACUUCUCCCAAAGAACAAGACACUCGCAAUGGGCCGGGUCGGAAAUGGAUAAUACCCACCAAUGUCCAAAUGCCAAAUCAGACUGUAGACUCCAAGAUGGCUACUGGCAAUCAUUCCGAUAAAAUCAGCUCCUAUUUCGAACUCUGCUCCACACUGGACAGGGACUGUGCGUCUAAUAAAACGUUCACCCAGUGGAAACACAUGAAACAGACUUUGGGAUUUGCUUGGGAAAUGCACAUUUAUGGAGCAGGAGUACUAUUUGUUAUCCUCAUGGUGAUAUCACUAAUUAAUUUGAUUGGCUCUCCAAUUUUGUGCAUUCCAGACCUCCAUUACCUCAUGGCAGCUAAUACCAUGCUAUUUGCAUUGGCCUUCUUAAGAGCAGUGUACUUGUUCCUUGAUCCGUAUGGCAGCAAGCUCAAACUUCCCCUGAUAAGUGGUUUGAUGCUGUAUAACAUCACAUUUCCCCUCCUCGUCACUACUUUUGGCAUCCUCACACUGCUGUUACUGAAGAUGGGGGGUCUUCAGAUGCUCCCUUCAAAAUUCCAGAACCCCACCACCCUGUCCAUGAUUGCUGCUGUCCAUUUCAUUGUGUUGAUAAGUGGGGAUCUUCUUUACCUCCUGGUGAACCCUGCUGUGAACGUGGUCCUGCAUGUCUUUUCUGUCUCGUGGGCUUCUUUUCUGAUCACUGCCUUCUUCCUCAGCUACCGCAAGCUCCAGAGUCGUCCUGAAGCCACUGUGCAGCAGAUUCAGAAGCCAGUCAUUGGUAACGAGGAAUCAAUCCAGCAACGGAAUCAUGGAAGAACAUUAAAGCAGCUUUUACUCUCCACAAAGGUGAUGGCGAUUAGUGCUGUUUUUGGGUUUCUUUGCUGUGCUCUUCAUGUCUAUGCCACACUUUGGAAUUAUGGACUGUUGGGAGAAAAGGGCCAGUUCUAUUGGGCAUGGUGGUUCGUUCAGUUUUGGUAUCGGAGUUUUGAGAUUGCAAUGUCCUUUGCCAUGAGUUUUGUGGCCUCGUAUGCCUUCUGCCAGCAACACGCAAGGCCUGACCACACCUGCUGGAGGAAGAUUGUUCAAUAUUUCCACCAGUAUAGGAAAAAUGAGGUGCCAGAGUAUCCAAACAAUUGCUUUGACUGGUCUUCUGGGACCCAGGACAGGAUAACGGGCAAUGAUAUCUGCAAGAACCUUCUACAUAACCGGCCUGAGGCCAUGCCUCUUAAAACAAUUAAUGGAACUAAUCAAGAGAAGCCUGCCAAGAGUUACUAUAGCAACAAUGGUUCAAUCAUCUCGCUGGAUCACAGGCCCAAAAUUCCAGUCCUGGGACCCAAAUCUCACAAUCUGUUGAUGGGCCGCUCAUUUACCAGUAUCUGCAUUGAGAAAGAGGCUUCUGUGUCUCUCAAUGAGUUUGAUCUACGUCCGCCUUCACCCAUCAACCUCAGCCGAAGCAUCGAUGAAGCACUUUUCAGAGAACACAUAGUCAGAGACAGCCUGUUUAAUGAUUCUGGUCUCCAGUGUCCCAGCCACAUGACCAUAGAAGACUCCGGCUCUUCUUUGAGAGUGCACAAGGUAUCUGAUCAGGGUGAUGUUACAGUGGUUCCGUUUGAUCUUAGGCGUCGCAAUAGUGACCCUGACUAUUUGCACAGUGCGGCCAAGAGCAGAUCGCUAAGCAACAACCAAACAGAUACGUCAAAGCAUUCGAUCCAGGAUAUGGACAGCAAUCAAGCUUCCAGCAGGCUGCACAGGUCAGCAUCAGGAAGUUCCGUGGACAGUAUUUCCAGGACAUCCUUUGGAAUCCACUGGUACACAUGGACACGUGAGCGUUCUUCAGAGGAGAGUGCCCCAUCUGCUGAUCCAGCCAGUGAGAGUCUUCUCUCUCAAGACAAUCCUGAGGUAAAAUCCAAUACUGAAGACUUUGAUCUUGAAGCAAGAAAGAGCUUUAUAGACGUCAGGGUGAUUGAUGAUGUCAGUCUUUCCAGUGACACAAUUGAACUUUAAUACUCGGAUGGAGAUGUGAUUUCUUUAAUAAUGUGGGAGGAAAGGAGCAGAUCUGCUUGAGGAAUAAGGUAACUGGUAUUAUCAGUAAUAAAAGGCUUAUGGUUACCAUCGCUGGCUGAAAGAAGUGCAGGGAGGAGCAGCCAAGAAUUGAAAUUUUGACUGAAAUUUCAAUGUGUGGCUGUGAAUCCGAUUACUUAUAUGUUGGCACCAAAUCUUCUUCUCUGAUUUAUUAAUGUACUAUCUUACAAAACUCAUCUCAGCUCAAUUAUAGUUCAUCCUGACAAUAAACAGUGUGAUAUUUACACUCCAAUGAGCUGGGGUGAGAAUAAUACCAAUCUAAAAACACGCUGAAACUACAUUAUUUACCAGGUGUUCUUUUGUGAGUUGGAAACCAAACCAAUAAUGAUCAUGCUCUGCAAAUUAAAUAUUGUGCACUUUAUCAAUUUGGCAGAGAGAUCAAUAUACCAGAUUUCCUAUAGACACAGUGAUAUUGCCCUGGGAACACACCAGGAGACCAGCCCAUUUACCAACGGUCACCUUACUUAAAUAUUCCAUAGUACAGGCCUCACCAUCGAUGCUCUCCCUGAAGAAUUUCUUUUUGAAGAGCAAGGAUAUGUGCUAAAACACAAGUCAGGUAGAGACAGAGGCACUCUAGUUUUCCAUAGCCAGAUGGCGAGAGAGAGAAAGCGAAUGAAUGGCAGAAAGAAAUGACAGUAGCUUUACACAAACUGGAAUUGGAAUCCAUUCCAUUUUCAAUUGUCAGAUUUCAGAAACAAAUGGAAACAGCUACAGAUAUUUUCUUCGAAGCAAUUAAAUAUUUAUUUGAUGGAAUCACCCAGUUUGCAAUCCAGCAUUUACUCAGCUUUCUUGUAUUCACUUGUAAUUAAUUUUCUCACAGAAAAUCUGAAAUGACUCUUCUAAAGCCUGUUUCCACAGAUGAAAUUGAGUUGCAAAUGUAAGUCAUUUGUGUUUUACAUAUGCCAUGAAUUAUUUUCAGUUUCCAUCCGUCAUUUUUAACCUUGAAUGGACAGGAUGACUCCUCACAAAUUCCUGCCUUCGUUUUUAAAAAAAGUCAGUGGAAAACAGCUUCUCAUCCUGUGUCUUGUCAAUAAUUUUAGCAAAAGCUUCAACCAGGACCUAAUGUGCCAGGAUAUAAGAUAUUGUGAAGAGAUUGAGAAAGUCCGUGGGUUAAGGAAGCAGAAUGAGGACUGAGCAGGAAAAGAAAGAACGUCAGAAGCCAACCACAGACAUUUAUCCAAUAGUUUUAUUUGCCCAGAGUGAGCUCACACAUGUUAGAUCAUGUAACUUGGGCCAUUAUUGAGUGCAUCAUAUGGAUUCCGUUCCAUUUAGCCAUUUCAUUUAUUUAUUUUGAGAACUGGCUCCUUCCGGGCCCCUCAAGCUGCACUGCGUAGCAACCCCUGGUUAAACCCUAGCCAAAUGACAAUUUGCCAAUUAACCUACUAACAGACACAUCUUUGGACUGUGGGAAGAAACUGGAGAAAAUCCACAUGUUCCACGGGAAGGACUGCUUAUAGAUGGCAUCGGAAUUGAACUCCAAACGCCACCGCCCCGAGCUGUAAUAGUGUCACGCUACCAUUAUAUUUUGGGAUUCAUUUUGUUUCAGCACGAGAUGAAAAAUGUUGGACACAGAAUUCAAACUGGCCAACUAUUGGAUUAUGGGAUGUGAGCUCUCGUGAGGAAUUCAUUGGUUUUGUUCAAGAUCAGUCAGAUUCCCUGCUACAACCUGUUCCAGCUAACUACCUCUCUACAUCUGUGACUAGAUUGAUAACAAUUAGCUCCAAGCACAGGAAACGUCUCUGUUGCUCUCCUCAGUCCCCCUACAAAAUACAGACAAUCAUGCUGAAGAGACAAUCAUCUAAAAGCAUCGCUGCAUCAUUUGAGCAUCAGUGUAUAAUAUCACAAAUGUGACAUUUACAAAAAAUGGAAAUACAGUAUAAGUGCAUUGCUGAAGAAUCCAUUAGAUCAAUGGAUAGAGACAAUCAUAUUCAUGGCUUCAAAUGCCAUUCACAGAGGGAGAGCUAGUGAGAGGAUGUGUCCAGGAAAUACCUGCAGGAGCUGAUAAAUAAACCCACUGCUUUUCAGGUUUCUUCAAAGAAGAUUGAAGACUUUUCUCCAGUCUUCCCUUUGAAAAUGAACAUAGGUGGAAGACUUAAGUGAGGACAGCAUAGCAAACCUUUAUUAGUAACCAGGACUUAUUUUUCAAAUAUACCUUCACAGUUUUAAACAAAAAUGAUGUUUGCAAGAAUCCCAAUCUCUGGGAAAAAGUUAGUUACAGUAUUUUCAAAACAGCAAUAUCAUAGCUUGCAACUAUGGCCUUGUAAAAAUGCUGCUUACCAUUUGCUUCCCUUUGAAGCACAGUAUUACAGUAUAUUUAAUAUGAUCACAUGGCUCCAUCUUUUCCAUACACCACUGCAGCAAAAUGGAUGGUUUAUUGGAGAAGCAACUCCUUUUCUAGAGGCUCCCUUGAACAGACCUCUUCGCAAAGAAAAUAAUCACGCACUAACUAAAGCUCAACACCUUCUCCAUGCAGGGAGUUGUUUGCUGACUCUGACUUUCACAGCUGCAGUAUACAUGCCAGCAUCUGCAGUUGGAAGUGAAGAACGACGUCGGCCGCAGAAACUGGUUCCAUUUAUCUGUCUGUGAUGCAAGAGGGAUUAGUUGUCAUUCAGGGGAGGUGGUGGUGUGUAUGCAUGGAAGGAAGUGCAUGAAUAUGCAUAACUCUACGGGGAACAAUGGGUGCAUGGUUUUGAAUCAACAGGACAGACAGCAUUUAUGAAGAGAUAAUCAAAAUUAAUGUCUAUUUCUCUCAGGAAGAGGUGGUGGCGCAGUGAUGCAACAGAUAAUAGCACACACCUGUAAGUUAAAAUCUGACCUCCUGUGCUGUCCGUUUGGGGUUUGCAUGUUCUCCCUGUAACCAUGCAGUCCAGUUCACCGGUUUCCAGAAACUCCAUGGCUAUUCUAGUCUCCUCUCACUUCUCAAAGGCAGGCUGGUAUAUUAACUGGCUGCUGUUAAUUGCCCCUGUGGCUGAAGAUGAGUGGCAGGAGAAUCAGAGAAGAAGUUGGUGGGGAUGAGAGAGAGAAUAGAUUACAGGGAUAGAAGGGAGGGAGUCCUCUGAUUUGAUGGGAAUUGUAACAAAAAUUGCUGAGCUGAAAUGUCAAAUCCAUUCGUAUAUUCUCUCGAACAAUUGGCAUGAUAAGUUUAUUAAGAAUUGAUAGUGUUAAUAGAUAAAAUGCGUAAGUAUCCUGAUGUUUCUCCCUCCAUAGAUGCUGUCUGCCUUGCUGGAUAUUUGCAACGUUCACUGCUUUAUUUUGGAUUCACAGUAUGUUCCUUUUGAAUUAACAGGGAGACUGAUGUUGGUAAUGGGGUGCGACUGUUUGACUUGAUAGGGUGGUGAUAACAGAAGUGACAUGCAUUUUAAGGUGAAGGUAAUGGUAAUAGAGAGAACAUGCAUGCACAAAGCCAUUAAGUUUGGGGUUGUUUGUGUUCGGAAGACGAGGAAGGAAGCAGCUCCUUGCAAUAUCUUUUUGGAACUGCAGGUCAUCUUUAACAUGGCCAUGGCCUUGUGCUUAAGCCCAUCACCAUAGGCUGCCAGUAGCAGCUCAACAGAGGCUUCUGUCCUGGACCAGUUUUUCAAGUCAUCCGCAGAUAUAGCCCACUGUACGAUCCUUCCUCUCCCAGGGAUGAGGCCUUUGGAGCUUCUGUUGGUGUUUCUGCUGCUCUGGCUUUUUAUGGGACGGGUUUGCUAGCCGCAUGCCCAAACCUCCUCCUUUCACAGACGGGUUUGGACUGUCCACGGUGGAGUUUUGACAUGUCCUUGCAAGAUUAAUAAUAUUUUGUCAUAUUCAAAAGUCUAAAAUUUAGAACUGUACCUAACAACGGCCUCUGAGUUAGCUACUACUGUUGAGUACUAUUGUUUAUGAAUAUUUCUUCUGUAUCCUCUCACAAGCAUCCUUACAAUUGGCAUGCUAAGUUUAUUAAGGCUUAAUAGUGUCAAUAGAUAAAGUAUUUCAGUGUCUUGAUAUUUAAACCAGCAAGCAAUUAUUUGAAGUCUAUUGAAGAGAUUCAUCAAGAUGAUAGAUGAGAAAUGUCAGACACAAAUCAAUAAUGUCAUUGUCUCUUAGCAUAAGUCCUUUUUUUAAAAAAAUAAGACCAUUUACUUAAGGAGCCUGCCCUUUUCCAGUUCCUUUUCCAAAAGGAUAAUGUUUACCUUGAAAGAAAGGCCACCAUUUUAACUUCAUUAUUCCUAUUACAGCCUUUUGGCUAAACUGAUCAAGCAGACCUUAAUCUCCUGUGGCUCUCGAUUGCAUAAAAUACUGCAGGUAAAUUAAAGGUGCAGUAUCUUUCUGUUUCCUUUUCUUUAAGCUUAACGCUCACAGAUUUGAUGGAUGGAUGUUGCCAGUAGCUCCCAAUAUGGGUGGAAAGCAACUACUAAAGCAAGGCUGUCAAUGUGUUAGUUAUUGUGAACAAACCUCAGUCAUAGACUAGGAGCCACAUGACUGCCAAUACAGAUAAUAUUGACAUUGAAAUUGAGCUUCCAGACUCGUCUAGAGAUGUGAUCUGGACCCCAGAAACUCCAUUAAAGAGGGAUUAUUGACUUGGAAUUGUCUACAGUGUUUAAUUUUACUAGCACUAAUGUAUAUUUUCAUGCCUUUCUGAUGGCAUUACUGUGUGUGGCAUUCAGUGCGAUACACUUUGUACAGCUAAUGCACAGUGGUCAUUGUCAAAAUCUCCUGUAAUGAUUCUGUAUUGCCUUUGUUGUUUUAUAGCAAAUUUACAAGACAGUAAAAGUAUACUUUUUUACGUUUUGUUCACAAAAUAAAUGUUUUUGCUGGUUGUGCAGCCUCUUUCUCCUUCUAAUAUGCAGAUUAUAAUAGAUGUGAAUGUGCUGUUCUAAAAUGGAUGAGGUGUGUAUCUCCUGCUAUCUACAAUGGCUUGCAC